AUGCCUCAAAUAUUUAGUGUUCCUGAAACCUUACUUGGCAUUACCAUAUUUGAGACAAAGCAUCCUGUAAGGGCUAUUAUCCCUUGGUAUUUUUUAGAAACUUUCAUAAAUAAGGAAAAAUAUAAUAUAUUAAAUUUGGUCAGACAUUUUAUCUGAUGGCAAGAAAUCGUGAUUUGUAUGGAUUAUUUUUUAAAGAUAUUUUUAAUUUUUAAAAUGGAUGUUUUGGAAGAAUUUAAGCUUAAUUUUUAA